AUGCCAGAGCCACAACCAGACACCAAUAACGACCCCCCCUAUGAACUCAUCUAUUGGCAUGUCAUUCCUGGCCGUGGUGAGCAUAUCCGUCUCUGCUUCGUUGAAGCUGGGGUCCCGUACUCGGAUACGGCUUUCAUCGAGGGUGGAAUGGACACCUUGCACACUUAUAUCAGCGAACAGAACCUCGGUGAUAAGGUGAACCCACCGCCUCUGGCCCCUCCUAUCCUGAAGCACGGGGACCUGGUUAUCUCGCAGACGCCCAACAUCCUGCUUUACCUGGGUCCACGGCUAGGUUUGGCUGCAGGCCAGGGCAAUGACAUCUACAAGAUCAACGCCCUCGCUCUUACCGCCCUUGAUGGUUUUAGCAACGAGGUCCAUAACUGCCACCAUCCUAUUGCUAUCGACCUUUACUACGAAGAGCAGAAGGAAGAGUGCCUGCGCCGCGUCAAGGAUUGGGUGAAGCAUCGGCUGCCCAAGUAUCUCGGCUAUUUCGAACGAGUUCUGUCGGGAACGGCAAGUGGCGAGGGUCCCUGGCUGUAUGGUGGUGUUCUGACCUGGGCAGACCUGGUCUUCUUCCAGACUCUUGAUGGCACCAGCUACAUGUUCCGCAAAGCCGUGGCUGCCGCAAAGCAGUCGGGCAAAUACAACCGUGUUUUCCAACACUACGAAGCUGUCAAGGCACGGCCACGCAUCGCUGAGUAUCUCGCCACUGAAAAGCGCCAGAAAUAUUCAAAUUACGGAGUCUAUCGAUAUUACGAGGAGCUAGACGUGGUCGCAGACGAGUAG